AUGCUUCAACUUUCCGAUCUCUCCGCCAUUAAAUCUGACUCUCUUGCUGGAAUCUUUCUAGCUGAAGUCGCUAUCUCCAGUUUCCAUGGCGGGAUUUCUCUCUGUCGUAAGGCGCGUGUACCUCACUCUCUACAAUUGGAUCGUCUUUGCUGGAUGGUAAAGGCUCAGGUUUUGUACUUUGCGAUAAAGACGUUGAAGGAAACGGGAUAUGAAAAUGUGUAUGACGCCAUUGAGAAGCCUCUCCAGCUUGCUCAGACUGCCGCCGUUCUCGAGAUUCUUCAUGGAUUAGUAGGUUUGGUUAGAUCUCCUGUUUCUGCAACUCUGCCACAGAUUGGUUCAAGGCUGUUUCUCACUUGGGGAAUCCUAUACAGUUUUCCAGAGGUCAGAUCUCAUCUUCUAGUUUCGUCACUAGUCAUAAGCUGGUCCAUCACGGAGAUUAUUCGCUACUCCUUCUUUGGUCUUAAGGAAGCUCUAGGCUUUGCACCUUCAUGGCACUUGUGGCUCAGAUACAGCAGCUUUUUGUUGCUGUACCCGACCGGUAUCAGCAGUGAAGUAGGUCUUAUCUACCUUGCAUUACCACACAUCAAGACAUCUGAGAUGUACAGCGUUAGGAUGCCUAACUCAUUGAACUUCUCAUUCGACUACUUCUAUGCAACGAUACUCGUCCUUGCAAUCUAUGUCCCAGGCACAAACUCCAUUGACCUUUCUUUAAGAACAUAUCCGAUGAAUCUGUUUGAUUCUGAUCUGUGA